AUGCAAUUCUUUAUUUUCGUUAGUAUACUGUGCUUAUUUUUGGAGAAUGUGGGUGCUUUCUACAUGUACUCCAACUCUGGUGACAGGAAGUGCUUCUUUAAAGAACUACCGCAAGGAGCUUUGCUAAGAAGCACCUACAAAGUGCAAGUGCAUGACUCAACCACCAACCGGUAUGUGCCAAUUGCUGCUUCCAAUGGCAGAGAUAUGACUAUUGACAUCGAAGAAGUCUUCGAUGACAAUCACAGAGUGGUUCACCAGUUCAGCUCAAUUCAGUCAGGAGAAGUCACAUUUGUAGCUGUCGAGUCUGGAGAGCAUAAAAUCUGCUUCCAACCAAACCAAUCAGAUUUGGGUAGGAAAAAACUGCGAAUCGAUGUGGAAUUCACCACUGGUUCUGUGGAUGAUAUUGAUUCAAAGAAAACCACGAAGCUCAAGACUUUACACAGAAGAGUAAUUGCAUUGAUUGAAUCUGUAAGAGAAAUUAAAUAUGAACAAGAAAUGGUAAGAGAAAGAGAAACUUUGUUUAGAGAUGCAUCCGAGAAGGUCAACUCUAGAGCUAUUUGGUGGAUACUAUCACAAAUAGUAGUCCUAGUGGCAAUUUGUGUUUUGCAGAUGUCUUAUCUCGGCAAAUUUUUUGUAAAACAAAAAAUAAUUUAA